GGGCUGCAGGGGGUCCUGGCGGGGACCCCGGCCGUGCCGCGGGCUGCCCAGGCCGCGGGCAGUUCCUGUGCCCCGGGGCACAGGCAGCUCCACGGAGCGGCACGUCUGGGGUGUCCUGGUGCCGCCCUACAGCCCCUUCCCCCUUCCGAGCCCCCUCCCUGCCCGCCUGGCGCCCUCCUGGGGUCCGGCCGCGGGAACCUUGGGCACGGGUGAGCGAGGUGUGGGGGGACAGGGGCUGCGUGUGCGUGUGGUGUGACUGCACACGCGGGGUGAGCCCACCAGCGGGGCACAGGGGCAUGGGGCUCGAGGGGGCAGCUCCCGGGGAGGCUGGAGCACCCCUCCUGGGGGUGAUGGGGCUGGGUCCCGGGGGGGUGAAGCAGCCCCCCUGCUGCGCUGUCGCCCGGGCUGGGCUGUACACAGGGUUUAUGGCUGUUCCCCGUAGCAGCUGGAGCUGCAGGAAAGGCUUUAUCAGCCCUGGCCCAGAGAGCAAAGGCUGUGCCAGGGUGGGGGCCAAGGUCAGGGCUGGUGGCCCCAGUUCCCCACAGGGAGCAAAGGCCUCUCCCCACCAGCCACCUGGACCCUUGGCUCUGGGCAGAGCCCCCAGCCCAGUCUUGCCCCCUCCCCAAGUUUCUCAGCACUGCCCAUGCCUGGGGCUUGGUCUCUGGCAGCCACCCUCUGCCCCACAGCAGAGACCCCCCGCAGGGGGAGGGCAGAAGCCAAACCUGCCCCACAGAACUGCCUGGGGAAAGGAUGGGGAGCAAGAGAGACUUUGCUCAUGGGGUCAGAAGUGGGAGUAGGCACAGGGCAGGUGAUGCUGUGGGGUGCCUGGAGGAUUACAGGGUGUACUGCUCCACCUGUCAGCUCUGCCUGGAAGUGGGGUGUGUACAUCUGCAGCUUGGUUUGGGGGUAGCUGACCACCCUCCCCCGCCCCUGGCUGAGGGCUGUGGACACAGAGGUGCCUGCAGAGCACGUUUUCACCCACUCAGUGCUUGUUUUGGGUGCUGCAUGUCCCCUGCAUGUCGGGGCAGGAGAUGGUGGAUAGGCAACUCUGGCCAACGCAGACACACCUGGGGGUGUUUCUGAACCCCCUCCCUGGUCAGGCUCCUGCCCCACACUGCUCCAGAGGAUGCAGAAGUCCAUGGCCAGGGAACCUUCUGGCGUGGACAGGUCUUUGGGUGAGGGUGCUUUGUGCCCCUCUCUGCCCCUUGUGCUGUCCAUGGGGCUUUCACUGCCGAGGGGGCUGGUGCCAGCAUCGCCCCACCAACCCUUGGCACACCCGUGCAGAAGCCCCCUGCCCCGUGUCCCCCCGCCCCGAUGACAUGGCCGUGGUGGGCACGGUGGCAGGGAGGCUCCCACAUCCCACCGGGAGCGUGUGGCCCGUCCUGGCCGCGCCGGGGCAAUGGCAGCGAUGCCCGCUCAACCCUUUGCACCCCCCGGGCUGUGUGGGCCCCUCCGGCCAGCCCCGCGCUGGCUUUUGCCCCGACACCUCCCUGCAAACCUGCUGCCGCCGGUCUCGGCCCCGCCUGCCGCCCUUCUUCAGCGGGAGGAGGAGGAGGAGGAGGCGGCUGCGGCCGGGAAGGGCUCGGGAAGGAGCAGGAGCGGGACACGAGCGGGGCUGCAGCCCGGGACAGGACGGGACAGGAGGGCUCGGCUGUGGCCGCUACCAGCUGCCUCCGGGCUCCAGCAAUGCCGGGGAAGCAGCGGCGGGGCUGCAGAGCGGGGCUGGAGGAGAAGCGGUGGCAGAGCCUGGAGGAGCGGGGCAGCGGCGCCCGGAGGGGGCAGCCCGUGCUUACCAGAUCCAAAACCUGUGACCCCUCCUUCUGCAAGGAGCCAGAGCAGGCCGUGGGACACCUGUCCCCAUCGCUGAGCAAGCGUGUCAGCAGCUACCGCAGAGCCUUCGGGCAGCUGGCCGAGCAGGACGUGCUGCUGGGCUGCUUCUCCUGCGCCUGGCAGAGGGAGGUGCCCUACCACGGCCGCCUCUACAUCUCCUCCUGCCACAUCUGCUUCCACUCCAGCCUCCUGCUCAAGGACAUCAAGGUGGUGGUCCCUGUUGCCUCUGUCUCAGCCAUGAAGAAAACCAACACGGCGCUCCUGGUGCCCAACGCACUCAGCAUCCGCACAGCCGAGGGGGAGAAGUUCCUCUUCGUCUCUUUGCACCGGCGGGAGGCCACGUACCAGCUCCUGAAGUCAGUCUGCAAACACCUGCAGGACAAUGACUGGAGCCCUCCAGCUUCUCCAAGCACCAAGGAAAUCCGUAGGAGGUCUCUGACCUCGAGCCAGUCGGGCCUGGAGCAGAGCACCCCAGAGCCCAACAGCCUCCAAGAGCUGCCAGAUGGGCCCAGCCCGACCCCAAGGCCAGCAGAGGAGGAGGAGGUGACGGCGCUGGUGCUGAGCAGUGAUGAGCAGCUGCCCUUGGCAAAGCCAUGCAGCUUGUGGGGGACCCCCACUACUGCCCUAUGGGCCCGGACCAUCGCACAGCUGAGCCCCCUCAACACCAUCAUCCUCAUCUACCUGAUGCUGAUGGUGGCCCUGCUCCUGUCCUCAGCCUACAUCGGUCUGCGCAUCCUGGAGCUGGAGCAGCAGCUGGCGUCCAUGGGGGCUUGGCCAGACCUCACCCUGUCACAGCACCACAAGAUGACCUGAGUUCAGCAGGGACCCAGCCGUGCUCAGCUCAGCUCCAGCCAGGGGGAUGGGCUUGGAGGCUGCUCCCAGCUCUUCCUCCACCUCCCAGGGAACGGGGAUCCAUCACCAAGUGCCUUCCAGCCUCCAUAAUACACCUGAGGAACCCACACCAGCUGGGGGUGGUGGCCUCUGUCUUGCCCCUGCCGUGUCUCCCCCCCCCUGAGCAGAAGCAGGAGGAACUUCAGCAGCUGCCAGGGAUGGACAGAGAAGCACCCAGGGGCUGGCUGGGCUCAGGCACCCACCACCCACCUGUCCUUGCCAAGUCUGGGGGGCAGGCAGAGAGGGCCCCAGUGCUGGACAAGGCAGAGACAAAGGGAUAGAACAAUUUUAUUUUAUUAAUAAAGAUGUGCCCCCUGUCUGUGGGGUGCUUGGGGAUGGGGUGAGGGGAGCAUGUUGCCCCCUCCCCAAAGACA